AUGAACGGUCGUAGACACUCUGUACAUCUCACUGAUGUACGUUACCAUCGGAAUCCACAAAAACAUGGAGCUCCUCUCUAUCAAAACAUUGAAGACUUCCAAAACAUCUACGAAAUUUCAAACGACUUCUACAUUCCCAAUGGCAGGAAGCAACAUGCUUCUCAAAGAAUGUACCUUCCAAAAACGGACUCAAGCUUGAAAAGAAGGAUUGCUCGAACGCAGAGCGAAAGAAGAGCUCCAGGACCACCAGAACAAUCUCAGUAUGAGAAUAUUCAUACUCCUCACGGUAAAAUCUAUGAAAACACGCAAAAUAGCCGUAGUUGGACUAUGUCGCUGGAACGGCGGAAGGACACGAGAAGUUGCGGAAAUUGGGACGGCAAUGGCGGCCACUUUAGAAGACCUCUGCACAACGAGCACGUCAGUUGCGUUGAUUUGCGCCGGAAUCACGAUAGUCCUUCUCAGCCGAAGAUGUCUAGCUCCUGCAAUGCGUUGAAUGAAGGUUUUUCCGUGUUUCUCAAUUCAAAAUGAGUCUACAAUUAAAAGAAUAAAAUUUGAGGCUUGAGGUCAACGAAUAAUCCCCAAAAACUGCUAAAAGAUCUGAUUGAAUAGCUUUUGCUUCUCAGAUCUGGAGUACGGCCCUGGCAUUGUCGAACGCUUGCGUGCGAAGUUCUCUCGUCUUUCAGGAAACUUGAAUAACAAACAAGUGAGCUUCUGUAAAAAUAACCUGUCAAAGCUAAAAAUUACAGAACGAGAAAAAUGAGCCAGACUCUCAGAAGAGCAAACGUUAUUUGUCUUGCGAUGACCUUCUAUCUGAGAAUGAUCCUCCCUCGUGAGUUAUCAGAAAAGUUUGAAAACCCUACUUUAAAUUACAGCACUCGUUUGCCCAAUGGCGUCUUCUCACCGAAAAGCGACUUGUCUCGCCAGCAGUCGUAUUCGAUUAGCGAUAUGCUAGCUAGUAAGUUCUAUCCGAGAAACAAGAUGGCUCAACUACUUUUUAGGUCCUCCGGUAGAAAGUGAACGUGUUUUCACUGUUCACAGAUCCAUCAACAUUGACGAAGAUUCGGAAAACGGGGUUUGGAAUGGGGAAAAGAUUGCGUAGAAUAAUCAUUUCCAGAUCACAUCUAUUAGCGCUUUAAAGAAGAAAUUUGAAACAAUCGGUCCAGUUGUAGCUCCUGAUCGCGUUUACAGAGUGAGUCAAAAAAUUAGAACAUCGAAGCUUGAAAAUUUCUCCAAAUUUCAUUUGAAAAAACGAGCAAAAACAUCCAUCCAAAUUUUCAGGAUUCUCCAAAAGGCAUGCCGAUCCGACCAGUACAGCCCGAAUAUGCGGAAUACGUACCACCUCAGCCAUUUCUCAUACAGACAUCGACACCACGUCAGCUGGAGCCAGUCGUCAACUUUAUCCCCGAGCCUAUUCCAACCUUAUUGCGUUCAACGCCGCCAACUCACACCGCGGAGGCGAAAAAUCUACGGGUUAAUGAAGCCAAGCUUAAAAAUCCUCCAGCCAGUGUGCUAAAUGUGAGUUUAAAAAGGCUGCAGGCGUUUUGAUGAGUAACUCAUCAAAAGAAUGUGGUUGCCUAAGCUUUGCUCUCUUUUAACUAACUUACUCCGAUAGAAGGAAAUGAAGCGCAGAAGUGUCACAAAUUGUAUUGACCUCUCUUUUCAUCUUUUAGUUUCUUCUUUCAAAUUCUUAUCAACAGUUCCUAGUCCAAAAUUGCGAGAAUUCAGCAUUUCACAAUCAAGAAACAAGCUAGCAAAAAAAAGUUUUGUCUAUUCACAAAAAAACAACAUCAUCAACAUAACAUAUUUAUGGCUAAUCAGAGAUUAAUUUUUCGAAAGUUUGAAUUUGAAUAAUGUUGAUUUUUGAGGUGCUCAAUGACGCUAAAAGCGAUGAAAUCGAGCCGGAGUUUGUGCAAAUCGCUCGUCGAUUACGAAGAUUUGAGACCAAAACCUCUGAGAACUCAAAAUAUACUGACGAUGCGGUGAAACCAGCCUCAGCCCCAGGUGAGUGAAAUCAGAUAUCAUCCUCAAAAAACGUUCAUUUCAAGCUUUUUGGCAUCGUCGUAAACCUGAACUGCCGGUACUUGGACCUAAAGCAAGAAUUAUACGCGAGGUCUCAGAUUACAGUAAUGUACUUCCACCAGACCCUUACCCACCUAGGCAGGCUUGAGAAAUCUAACUUGAUACCCAAUUCGGUUUUCAGAGUGUCAAGCGUCUCGAAAGUUAUGCAGAUUAACAAACAUGCCGAAUUUAGACAGUUUCCAGGAAAUGACUCGAGUCCUCCUCCAGAAGAACCCAGUCCUUCCGUAGUAAGUGAAGAAAGACUCAAUUACCCAAAAAGAGAUGAUUAGAAUGUUUCUACAGCGAUGUUUUUCCAUAAAUAAAACUAACGUGCUAGCAUUUUUUCUCAUCGAACAAAUCGUUGGCUUUGCGAAACGUUUUGUUUGAUAUAAUCAACCCAUCUCGAGUUGAAAGGCGAGGGAGGCGGAGGAAAGGGCGGGGCGCGGAGAAAAGGGCGGGGCGCGUAGCGUGUGCGCACGCGGUCCUUGAAACGAGUUCAAUUCAAGCGCCACCGAUCAUUUAAAAAACUCUGUCACCGCUUUUUUCUGUAUAUAAUCUACUAUUUUCGUUGCACUAAUGAAAUAACUAAAAUUUAAAUUAAAAAAAGCGAUAAAGUGGCUCUUCAAAUAGUCGCGGGCGGUUGAAUUGAACUCUUGCCAGGAACCGUGAACGCAUCCGCUACGUGCUCCGCCUCCCUCCCUUUCAAGUCGGGAAAAUGAACCAAACAAUAUAAAUUGUUUUCCAGAACCAUUUUUCUAAUGUCGAGUCCAGCCGAUAUCAAUCUGUCUCUACUAACUCUCAGUUUCGAUUCGCCCACUUGAAUGGAAACCCCCAGUUUGAACUGAAAGAAGGUGAUUUAUUUUUUUUCGAAUCUAGUUGUGAGGAUUGUUAUUGAAGAAAUUUCGAUUAAAAUCAUUUUUGAAUUGUAUAAAAGGAUGAAUAUCUGGAUUUCCAAAUGUUUUUCUAUCUCGCAUUUGGGAUAUUUUUGGAUAUAUUUGAAACUUUCCAAGGGAAUAAGUGAUAAUAAAAAAUGAAUCUAGAAUGUUUUAUAAUGUCCAUAUAUGUGAGUAGUUCCUUAUCGGAGCUUUUUUGCGACUCUCGAUUUUUGGCCUUUGUUUCAGGCGUCGGACAAAGUGAGCCGACUCAGACGAGCUUUGAAAUUAACAAGGAUCACGCCUCGGAGGUGAGCCAUGCCCAAAAAAAAGCAUUCUGAGAAUUUAUACUCAGUUGUAUCAUUGUAACUAUUUUUUCAAUCUCAUUAGCUGUUGCACAAUGCAGACUAAAAACUCACGAGCUCGACAUGACUCACUAAUAAGGUCUGAGGCUACUGGAAUUAAUCACCACCAACACGCGCCGCUUAAUCACAUCAAAUCUUCAAUGUCAUAGUGUCGCGACAUAAAAAAAAACUGAGGAGGCUCUAUUAUUCAUUCGAAGAAAAGCGGUUUUCAGAAGUUGAUCUCAUAUUUCCAUUAGUUGUAAUCACAAAUCUUCCGGUCCAGCCUUUCAUUCACUCCAUCGUCCUAUCAGUAUUUAUCGAUACCUAUUUUCAGUCGAUCAAAUCGCCUCCAAUCUCGACACAGAUGCCUCCACCAGCGAAAAAGCUCCCGCCGACUUUUGUCUUCGCCCGUCUGGCGCCACAGUCGACAGCUCCUCCAGUGCCAUCUCAAGCGAUCCCUCCAAUGCCGUCGACACCUGCGUCAAACGUUGUUUCUAUCAACGUUCGCGCUCCAGCUCCAUCUCAUUUCAACGGGCCAGCUCCCCCAGUUUCAACGACAACGACCAAGUCAAACGUCGUCUUCUCUAACUGUCAGUUUUUGAAAUUUUGUUCUCAAAAGCGGGUCAAACAACAUUUGAAAUUGAAAAAAACAACUUUCAUCCUCAAAUGGAUUUUGAUGUUCCGUGGAGAAGUUUACUAGCAAAAAGAGCGUCUACUGAAUAAACUUCUGUAGACCUUUUCUUUUUUUUACAUAACCGAAAAAUUUUGGCCACCUGUAAGAACGAUCCAAUUUCCGCAAGGACUUCGUGCCAACAACUAUUCCAUGAAGCCCAGCUAGUCCAUAAUUAUCGAGCGCGCAAUCGCAGUUGCCUUUUUGCCUUUCUUCCCAUGACGAGUUUAUUACGAAAUUCGCUGGGAGAUCUGACAUUCAUGAAAAAAGCUUUUCGACUUCUGGUGAUUAUCCUUCUAUCUUUUCUAGGCUUCUGCUGGGGUUUUUUUUUACUUUUGAAUAACCGAAACUCUGGGUUUUCACUGAAUAAUUUUUGUUGAACAAAAAUUGAAAUAUUUGUUUCAAAGUGAUGAAGCUCUUUUUAGAGUUUGCCAUAUGCAUCUCGAUUUGUAGGAAUGUCUCAUCAGUACACCUUUCUAAUUUUUGUUUGUUAUCAAAAUAUUUCUGCACAUUUGAAACCCUUUAGGAAGGACUUUAACGCCUUUGAUCGCCGACGAGUGCCUUAUCAUUUCCUAAUGAUGUGUAGAGGGUUUUUGUAUCACGGUUUCUUUUGAUAAUUUUUUACUAUACUUUCAAAUUAUUUUUUCCUUUAGCACUUUGCUCAUUCACUCGGAUGGUACCUUUGUUUUUAUUUUUCACACGUCUGUUUCUGAAAAAUUAAAUUCACAGCCUUAAACCGGUAGUUUGGGGUUUUUUCUUUUUUUACCGAUGAAAAAGUUUUGAAAGUCCUUGUUAACAAUUUUUAGCAAGUUCGCGAAGUUUGGCUUUUCUGGGUUCUCCUCGUGAUUAAUAGAGUGAUAACUUGAUUCAUCAUCAAUAGUUGUCAUGAGAACCAGAGUUCUAUAGUUGACCAAAAAUCAUGCUUCUGAUGAAAAUUUCGAUUUCGGAAACAAAUUGGAAUCCAAAUAGCCUUGCACUCACAAUCUCAAAGUACGCAAAAACCAUGAGGAUUCUUAUGAUCGUCGAUAUUUUCCGGUUGGAUUAUUUAUAACGAGCGGUGAGAGGCGCACUCCGCACAACAACUGGUUGAAGCCUUUUUUCAUGCGUUUUCUCUUUUCCAAAGACUAUUAACUUUGUUUUUUUUUUUUUGAUUACUGGCGACAAUAGCUAUUCGUCAGUUCAUUGAAAAAACACUGCAGCAACCAGUUGCUCCUAUAUGCAAGCAUACCUGUCGAAUGCGCGAACUACUCGUUUGUCACUAGGGUUCUCCGUAGCCCAGAACCUUUUUUUCGACCAAUUUUUUUUCUUCCGCUCUCACCAGUCACGUCUGACUGAUUUUGGUGUAACCAAUUUUGUGGCACGUGUUUCUGAGCCUCUGUGACAGAAAACUUCUUUUUUCUAAAGAGCCUUCUUUCGUUCUGUGAAUUUUUCGUUGAGGGUGGCUUUGAUUUAUACUUGUAACAGUAUAUACUUGCUUAUUUGACGAGCUGAAAAAAUAGGUAUAUCAUUUUUUUGAAAUUGAAACUUUCGAGACUGAGUUUUUUAGGUUAUCCGACUAGUGUUUGAAUAAAAUUCGGGAAAAAAAUAACUUUUGUUAUGAAGGGUUUUGAGUGAAAGAAUAAAUUUGAACAAACGCAAAUUUUUGCCUAAAAAUAACUCAACGUUCAAAGUUUGUUGUUUUCAAAAAUAAUAGGUCUCAAAUUAACGCUCAAUUGCAUUUUCGAAACAACAAGUCGCCCUCGAGAACUUUUGAUUCGAGAGGUCUGUCAUGUAGCGGCAACAAAAAUAAGCUUUUGCUGGGAAAAUCUACAGAAUAAAAAGUUUUUAUGAAAAUGCUUUCCAUGUCUUCUGUUCAAUGAAGUAUUCAUGAAAACCGAUUUCGUAGUUGAGCCACCGAUCUUUUUCCUGAACCUGCGAUUUUGGACCAUCUGUUUUGUCCCCAGCGGGUGACCGCCUCUCGCGGAUCUUUCCUCUCACCGGUGGGUCAAUCGUUCUGCGCAGCCUCGAAAUUGCUCCUACUUUGACGUCUUCGGCGUGUUUUUUCUCAACUUUUUUUUCUUUUCAUCGCCCACAUCAUUUUUAAUUUCAUUCUGAACAUUUGGUGGUUUCUGCUAAUCCCAACAUCCUAUUUCAUGCCGAUUCUUUUUUUCACAAAUGUUUUUAGUAUUUUACUCCAUUUCGUGUUUUUCGCUGAGCAUAAUUUGACAAUGAAACAUCAGAUAAUACUCAAUCCAUCUUUUACGCAAUAUUUUCAGAAAUAAUAUUCUCCUUUUUGAAACAAAACUCCACGAUCCUCAGGAAUAUUUGAUGAAUAAGCUUGAGUUUUUAAAAAAAGCCUUUUUCAUUAAUAUUUUUGAAACAUUAUUUUUUUCAUAAAUCUCGAACCUAUUUUUCAUGCUGGUAACUCAAAAAUUCUUUCAAAACAAUGAAAAUAGGAAUGCGAAAAUGAAACGAAAAGUUGUCCUGAGGACUGUGAACUUGCGUAUAUGAACAUUUAACUCUCGUUUUAGCUCGAAGUCUUUUUCACUGUGUUUUGUUUAAAUGAUGUCGUUUGGAAGCCACAACUCGUAAAUACUUAAUUUUUUUUUAGAAAAAGACGAAAGAAAAAAAGAACAUUUUUUGGAUUUGAACAAAGAUGUAUCAAAGUAAAUUUCUAGCAAAACUGACGAGACCUAAUUGAUUAUAACACAUCUGUCGUACAAACAAACUUUCUUCGAAACAUCUACUUUUUGCUUUUCCAAAGAAAGCGGAUCUACCGCAAACGAUGUGUAGUUUGCCUAAUGGCAAAGGAAGAAAACUGCGCGGGAGGCGAUCCGCUUAUCCGGAAAUGGAUCUACAAGACUGAUGAAUAUCGUGCGGUGGUCACAAGUCACCGGAGGCCGGCACCUUAGACCCGAGAACAAAUGACUAGUCCAAAAAAGGACUUGCCGCAAGGCGAACCCUCCUUGAUAGAAACCGCUCUCAUCGUUUUUGAGUAAUGAAUUGAAUGGAAGAGUGAGAAAAUGCAGUAUAUAUCUUUUUUUAUAAUCUUUUUUUGAUCAUCUCUGCCGCCAAAAAAAUUAAUUAAUUGGAAAAAGUUUCACACUGCAUAUAUUUUUUUAAUACUUUUUAGAAUCAAUAGCAUAGUGGUUUUUUUACUGAAAAAGCAUUUUUAAGAUUCAGCCCAAAAAUUUCAGAAGACGCUAAUAUUUUUCAAGAAGAAAUUUUGCUCAUUCUGCUUUUAAUGGUAAAUCAUUUUUGGUAAAAAAAAAAUUAAUUGAUGUGUUCUUUGAACAGGAAAACUACUCUUGAGCGACCUUCAAAGUCUUUUGUUCUCUUACUUGAACAUUUUUCCUUUUGGUCGUGAGUUUCUGACUCGUAAUCAAACGGAAGAGGUAGAUUGUGAACACACAACAUAAUUUAAACAAAUUUUUUCGGAAAUUAUUUUAGCGAGUUUGAAAAAGACGCAUUUUGUGACGUUUUUUUGGUUUUUGCUCUGAUUAUUAUCAGAAAUCCUGAAACCAUACGACUGGAAAACGCUCAAUUAAGUUCAUCUAAAACAUUAGACGGAAUGUCUGUCGACUUUUCUGAUUUACACGGCCACAAAAACAACAUUAAACCGAAUUGAAACGGCGUUGCUCAAAAUACCUACCUCUAGACGAUCUCGACGAUCUUUCUCCCCGGGCUUUUGUUGUUUGGACGCCGUGCCUUUGCGUGGUUUUGGGCGCCUGUCAAAACAGUCACUCAGUUCCACAAACGUUCAGAGCUCUUUGCACAGUCGUAACUCUCGAACACUUCUGGGCCAUCACUCCUUCAGCUCCAGGCUCUCAGUCGAACAGAAAAAUGUUUUUUCUCAUUCAUUGAUAUCUUUACACUGCUUUCAAGCUUACCCAAAUAUAUUCAUCAUCCUCUUAUUCUGGAGCUCUCGGAAAACUACUUGCCUUGAGUUUUUUCGAAGAACUUACUGUGAAAUUUCCAGAUCCUAAUGUUUCCCAAUUAGAUUUUCGAAAACAAAAAGAUUCAUUCCUAUUUUCAAAAGCAAUACACAACAUCAAUUUUCAAGUUAUUUCUCAGGAAUCUCCAAAAAAAGUUACCCAAUUUUGAAGUCAACAACCUCAUUUGCGAAAGUUUUGGUAUUAUGAAGUAAAAACUUCGAAACUCUCUUCAAUUCCACAUGCCUGCUUCAGAAUUUUUACAACUCUUCGAAAUGUAUCGAACAAUGUUUUCGUCUUGAAAUGAUUAUUUUUUCCAAGAAGCUGAAUGAUCUGUUCAAAAUAUUCUUCGAUGGAGGAUCGGCCUAAUAAACCAACAGGCUGCACAUUCAGACUUCAUUGGGUAUCUUCGGCUCUCCGAGCUUGUUCGUGUUUAAAUGUUAUUCAACUAACUAACCAAUAUCAAAUAGAAGCCCGAAAAUUGUUUUUCACAAAACAAGGAUUUUUCAGAGACGCAAGUAAUUUCUACUAGCGCUCACAGUUAUUUGAUGAUCAACAAAAAUCCAAACUUUUUUCUAACAAGUUUUUUAAGUGCGGCUGCAAAGGUUUCGGAUUACUUACAGAGAAGACGGUGUUUUUUUGCUGAAAAUCUUCCGUAUUGCCGAUUUGGUAAAUUUUCACGCUGAAAUACGUAUUAAAAAAGGAUAGGUUAAUUUAAUUCUUCUUUUUCACCUUGUGGAUGAAUAAAUUAUUAUUAUUAUUAUUAUUAGUUCAGAAACAGUGUCAAAAAAGGAAAAAAAAUGUAUCUAUUUUUUUUUCAGAUGACAAGAGCGAAAGCAGCGGACCGAAGUCGGCGCCUAAAUCAUCUCCAGCCCCGAUUUCGAACUUCUCCAACAACACGGCAAUUUCAUCUUUCGGCUCAACUCCUCUUUUCACGCCGACGUACAACAACUUCACGCGUCAGUCAAUUGACCACACGUUCGGCAGUAAAUUCACCGAAGAAAAUUCGCACAAGUCUCCACUCACCGCUGUGGCUCCCGAAAUUAUCGCGCCGACAUCCACCUUCAGUACUGGAAUUUUGUCGCCGAACUCGCGCGAAAAGCCUUAUGGAGACGACGUCACCAUCUUAAAAUCAGUAAGUUCUCAGUUGGAAAUUUCAAUCAGUUUCCCAAAUUGUCCUACGUUUCGUCUAAUUUUGUCAUGUGAAACUGCAGCUUCUGAAAAAAAAACUAUUUAUUUGCAUGGCUCAAGACUUGUAUUUAUGCUUCAACUUUAGAAUCUACCCAAUAGAGUAUUUCUAACAUUUAAAUUGAGCAAAUGUAAACUUAAUCAAAUACCAUUUUCAAAGCUUCUCUAACCUUCAUAUGGCCAGUUUCUCGAAUAUUGUCAAGUUUUGACAAGCGUGCCUCUUUCGAGAUUUGUUUUGACAGUCUUUAGAAACUUCAAGAAAAUUUUCGUAAAAACUUUUUUUUACAAUAAUUUCGAACUUAGUUGAUCGAAAAGAAAUUUAUUUGUCCAUUUUCCUGUCGCGUAUCCUCCUUGUCUAAACAAUAAAAACUUUUUUAACCCUUUGCUUCAGCUUUCUGUAACAGCCGCAGGUGUUUCAGGGACCAGCCGUCGCCAAGAUUGACGACGACGAAUUUCCGCAGAGACCGACUUCCUUGCCGUCCUUCUUGCCUAGGAAAAUGACAAAAAUUCGACCGGGCAAGGUAUCACGGCUGAGCUAAACGCGCACGAAGCUUCUUUCAUAGUGGAAUAAACGCAACAAACUAAAACCUCUGUAAAAAAAGUCUGUCUUUGGUAUCAAUGUUUCACAGUGCGUCUAUGAUAAAAUGCGUGUUUUGUAAUAAAUCGAUAUAGAGAAAAAGGAUGAAAGCUUAGUAAUUUUAAAGCCAAAAUAUGGUUUAAGGAUUCUGAGGAGUCUGCUUCCAGCGAUGAAGAAGGCCGCGUUGGUUCAUACGAUCUGACCACCUCUCGACCAUCCUCUCUUUCAGUAAAGCAUUAAGCCUAGUCUCUGAAAACCCUAGCAUUUUUUCAGUUCAUCUCCAAAGAUGAAGAGAUUGGUGGUGAUGGAAACUACAUUUCCAGAAGUUUGAUCAGUCUUGUGGCUGAAGAGGACUUGCCCGAAUUCCUCGUCGCAAUGCACGAGAAGGUUUUUUUUCUUGUCAGGAGAUUUUUCAUAAUGUUUAACAGCCUUUGAACAUUCAAUUCGAGCAAGACACCAAACCGUCAACAUCAAGUAUUCUGCGCAACAGCGAUCCAACGAGCGUAAAAGUGAAAACUGUGAGUGUCUUCAAGAUUGUUGAGUACAGCAUCUUAGCACGAAUGUUUUGUUAAUAUCUAAUUAGAACGUUUCAGGGACCUCGCAUUCGCUUUUCCCCGUCCAAUUUGAUGGCUUAUACCUACAUCGAUGAAUCCACGGCUUACGAGACGGCGACCAGCGAAUGGCCAGAAGCGACGAUCGUCGAGUAUUCGGUAAUACUCAGAUUUCCUGGUUUCAAGAUUUGCCGUAGUUUCAUUCAACAAGUUACUUUUGAAAUCCUCAAAACUAAUGUGUAAAGUUUUUGUUUUCGACGAAAAUAGUAGAACCCCUAUGGAAGCAGAGGAAUAGUUUAACAAAUUUAACAAAGACAAAUUUCAGUACUUUCAAAAGCUAGCCGACAUGGAAUCGACGCAAACCGAGCGCGACCUGAACCUUCUCCAAAGGUGGCAAGAAGAAGUGGCAGGCUCCAAGAACGAGAAAGACGAUCCUGAGUUCACGCGCACCACCAACACCGACAGCACUUUCAUUGAUUCGCACAACGAGUCGGCUUUGUAAGUCGGUAUCUUACUUUUUCGCUUUUAUAGGUUUCAAAAGUUCUAAAAAGCUUAGUGAAAAUUUAAGAAAUCUGCAAACUACAGAAAUUUUGAUAUCUUGAGGUUCGUACUGAGGAAAAGUUUGUCAAACAAAUGUUAAAACUUUUUGAAAAAUGGAAAAAAAAACUUUCUUGGAAGAUCUAAACGCAGACUAUUUUUUUGUUUUGAAUUCGAUAAAAAGACUCCUGAAAAUUUAAAUAAUUGUUUUUCUAAAUCUGAGUUUAUGAAAUCUGAUAUUUUUUUGGAAUUGAAAGUGUUCUGGUCACUUUCCAAAUAGUUUUAUAUCCGACUUCGGAUGAUUUUUUUCAGAACUAUCAAAGGGAAAAGUUCCUGAUGACUAUUGUUAAAAAAUUGCAGGAGCCCGGCGUAUUAG